AUGGAAACUCUUAUUGUCGGUGACUCGAUUCUGCAAAAUAUAAAGCCAUCUAGAGUAUACAGAAAUACGCAUGUGAGGACCCUUAGAGGCAGCAACGUUCCACAAGUUACAGACUAUAUUAUGUCAGUCAAAUCUUCAAAUACAACAAAUGUUGUCUUACAUGUUGGCACAAAUGACAUUGAUAGUAAUAUUUCUCCAGAUGCCAUAAUGAGAGAGUACAAUCGUCUAACUGAAUCUGUGUCAACGAAAUUCCCUGAGGCUACGAUAUAUGUAUCAUCUAUACUACCGCGAAGAAAUAAAGUAAACUUUAAUAUCAUAGCUAACAAUAUAAACGCAAGACUGCAAAGCAUGUGUGAUGGAAAUACUAAAUUGGUAUUUAUACACAAUAGAAAUAUUUCUAUCAGACAUCUAUCUGAUGAAGUUCAUCUUAAUGAUAGAGGUACAGCUCUAUUAGUCAGAAAUAUUAAAGAUGUUAUUGGUCCAAAACUGGGAAUAAAUAGAAUACGCCGCUCUGUAAAUAACAAAUAUCCUCAAUACUACAGUGGAGAAAGAGCAAAGAUAUCAGAAACAUAUCACUCUACCCAGUACAAUAAUUUGUUUUGA